AUGAACCCACCUUUCCAUCUCCCAAUCCCUCCUCCGUUACAAACCCAAAACCCAAACCCACAACGACGACGACAUAAUCAACCUACAGAUCAUCAUCGUCUUACUAGGUCCGAAUGGGACUUCACUCUCUCCACCGUCGUCUCAUCCUCCACGGCCACCGGCGCCGUCUCCAACACUCUCGGAGUCAUCGAGUUCGACCCAUCGGAGACGCUUCUAGCCACCGGAGGCAUAGCCAGGAAGAUAAGAAUCUACAGCGUCAGCUCUCUUAUCCCGAAUAAUAAUAACUACGACGACGUCGUUUCGCUAGACCACGCAGCUGCAUGCGACUAUUACAUAUGCACUCCCGCCAAGCUCAGCAGCCUCCGCUGGCGUCCCGGGUCGGGCGGCCGGGUCCUCGGGUCGGGGGACUACGACGGCGUCGUCACGGAGUACGACCUCGAGUCCCGCCUUCCGGUAUUCGAGCGCGACGAGCACGGCGGGCGCCGCGUAUGGAGCCUAGACUAUAAUUCGGAUCCGGGUUGUCUCGGGGCGUCCGGAUCCGACGACGGGACCCUCCAAAUGUGGGACCCGCGGUGCGAGGCUGGGGAGUGUGUGGCUAGAGUGGUUCCGUCGGAAGCGGGUAACCCGGUCUGUUGCGUGGAGUUCAACCCCUUCGGUGGCCCCCUCCUGGCCGUCGGAUGUGCUGACCGGAAAGCCUACGUCUACGAUGCGAGGAGAAUGUCGGGCCCCGUUUUGAGCUUCGACGGCCACGAUAAGACCGUGACGUAUGUGAGGUUCCUCGACAGCCGUAGGAUGGUGUCUUCCGGGACAGACGGGUGUCUGAAGAUGUGGAGCGUGGAAGACGCGCGGGAAAUUCGGACGUAUUCGGGUCAUGCCAACAACCGGAGCUUCGUCGGGUUGUCCGUCUGGAGAAGCGGUGGGCUUCUCGGGUGCGGGUCCGAGAAUAAUCAGGUGUAUGUGUAUGAUGUGAGGUGGGGUGAGCCGGUUUGGGUGCAUGGGUUUGGACCAAUGGGAAGCGAGGGUUGUGAUGACCGAUGGUUCGUGAGCAGUGUGUGCUGGCGGCAGAAGGACGGUGAGGACCAGUGUACCCUCGUGGCGGGUGGAUCCGAUGGAGUUUUACAGGUUUUUGUGGGUAGAAGAAAGUCGUUAGCUUCGUGA